AUGUUUCGUGUAACAGUUAAUAGACGUUCAAAGAGCAAAAACGGUGGCGUUAUAACAACACAUUGUGAUGACAACAGUAGCAAUACGGAGAUAGGAAACAGGGUGUUUGCUAACUUUAACUCAUCUUCACAAAGUCUAUCGACACGUAGUCCUCUUACACAAAGGAACAAUGACUACAUGAAAUUUUCAUGGGACCCUAUGCAGGUAGUAAACAUUCCAAGACAACAGAAAGCUGUUUGUAACAGGGAAAUAGAGAAACUGCGAGGCCUGGAACGUUAUUUCUCCCGUCAAACACACCUAGAAGCCUACAAGCAAUCAAACCAGAUUGAUAAAGUUCGCGCAAGGCUCGUGCGUCUAAAUAAACUGCGCAUGUCCACAGGAAACGAAGAGAAGCACACUGAAGCGCGCGCUUUUCCGAUAUAUAAUCCACUAACUCAACAGUGUAUUGGCAAAACUCCUACGUUGAAUGAUCAAACCAGUCGCUUCAAAUCAAGCGAAAAAAUUGACUAUUCAGAUAUACCGAUACAUUCCGAAGCUUUUGAUAAAAAACAAAUACUUUACAAUAAUGGAUAUAAUUACAGGGGUGUAAAUAAUGAGAAGAAAAAGAAUUAUUCGAGUGGACUUAAACGUGAACACUUGACUGGUACAGCGAAGUUACCAAUUUUAAGCAGACAGGCUGAUUCGAAUUUUCAGAUAAAAGCUUGCCAGGAUACAGAUUAUCACUCAACCCCUCGUUAUCAGAAACUGUAUAAAAGAUUAAAGUCUUACGAAACUACGAAAUGGGGAGUUAAUAAAGUUGACAAUAAUUGCAGUAGCGGUAUGUUAACCGUCGCUGACAGUGAAUUAACGAGGAGAAAUGUAAAUAACACACUUGACAGCUUUACGUCACCGAAAAAGAAAACCGUGCGAUUCAAUAGACAAGAACGCGAGGAUAUCAGUGCGACACAGUUACCAAGCCGGAAAUACAGUCAACUGGUGAAAUUAGCUAAUAAUGUAUCUGAUUUAUGAUUUAACUGUGGGAUUGUUGCUGAAGCAUUAAGCGCAGUGAAUUGUCAAUAACCGACAUUGUCAGUUGACACUGUACACGCUACAUAUACAUGUGAAUCUAGGAUAAAUGUAUUGUUGUUAUAAUUAGGAAGCUUUAUAUGAGAUAAACAUGUGUGGUUUUGUGUAAAAGUUGGAGUUAUAAAUUCGUAUUGCGUACGUGGAUACCAGUAGGGUGAACUACUGAAAUUUAUACAGCAAUUCAGAUAGAUAGCAAAUAGACGGACGAAAAACAAAUAUUUGAGUGGAAUUUUAUUUAAACAUCUGGACUACUGUAUCUCAUUGUAAGAGAAGACAGUAACAUAUGUUUAUAUUUGUUUAAUAUUGAUUAACAUAGUCUUAAACUAGCGGAAGAUAAAAAAAGUCCGCUGUAAUCGGUCUUAUUUAAAAGCUCGAA